UUGUUUGUAGUUUCGUACAAGCCGCAGAACUUCGUGUCAGAUUCCGUUCAGAGAAACGCUUUCAAACGGGCCGUGUUCACUGAGCUUCAGAGAAAAGAAUUGGAAGAAUGGUUCGACAAACAGAAGUACAUAACGAAGCCCGACCGGAAGAAACUCGCUGAGGAACUUGGCCUGAAAGAUUCGCAAGUAAACUCAGUUAUUGUGAAUGUGGUUGGUCGACGUGUUCUGUUUUGA